GUUCAAGUUGCUGUGCUUUAGUGCACCUAGCAUGGUGUGCCACCCGUGGAUGUUGGAACUUUUGCAGCUGAUGCUCUCAAAGUUCUUGGGGUCAACGCCUCAAGAUGUCAGAGACCGCUUUGUGGAUGACCUGGAAAAUUUGAGGGAGGUCACCUACAGGCUUGCAAACUUCUGCGGCCCGCGUGUGGAGUGUGGCCUCUGGUCUGUGCUCACGGCUUUCAGAGUGGCUGUGUAUGAUUACAAUCGGGAUGGCUACUUGCCUGAUGAGCAGCGUCUGUGUAAGUACAUUGAGGAAAACCCUUGCGCGGUGAAAUGCCCCAGGGCGCCCUUGACAGCUUUGUCGCAAAUGGAUCCGAACUAUUUGUACGUGUUCGUGGAUGACCUCGGCCUGGCAGUGAAUAUGUUGAGGCACCUCCACUGCUCCUGCAAGACUCAUCCAGUUGAGCCUGUGGUUGAAGGCAUCUUGUUGUUUUUUGAGGACGCCGAGCAUUUUCUGCAGACGCGAAUGAUGGUGCUUGGACGGCGCCGUGAGGCAGGAUGGUGACUGGUGGCCACAUCGCAACCACCAGUAUCACGCACCGGGUUUUAGCUAGACUAGCAGCUGGACAGCUGGACAGUCGAACGAAUUAUGAGGC